AGCUCCUUGGCUUCGUCUCGGUUUUUGACACAACUCUUUUGUUUUCUUCCCAACACCACUCCAGGCAAACUGUUGCCUCGUCCAAGCUCAACCAAAUCCAUCAGACCACUUUAUCAUUCCAUUGACUAGCAGCCAUCACCAUGUCUGAGCUCAAAGCCGGAGACUCUUUCCCUGAGGGCGUAAGCUUCACAUAUGUCCCGCCCAGCCCAGACACCAGCGAUAUCACAGCCUGCGGAAUACCCGUCAAGUACAAUGCUAGCGAAGAAAUCAAGGACAAGAAGGUCGUCAUCGUCGCCGUCCCCGGCGCCUUCACGCCCACCUGCCAAAACCAGCACAUCACGGGCUACAUCUCAAAGCUCUCGGAGCUGAAGUCCAAGGGCGUCGACCAGCUCAUCGUCAUCGCCUUCAACGACGCCUGGGUCAUGUCGGCCUGGGGCAAGGCCAACGGCAUCAAGGACGACUCCAUCCUCUUCAUGUCGGACGAUGGCAACGCCUUUAGUCAGACUUUGGGCUGGACAAUGGGUGCCCGUACCGCCCGUUAUGCCAUAGUCGUCGAGAAUGGAAAGGUCGUCUACGCCGAAAAGGAGCCGGCUAAGGGGGUUACUGUCUCGGGCGCUGAUGCCGUUCUGGCUAAGCUAUGAGCGUACUCGGAGUCACCUUGGAGCAAAGAGGAUCCAGGCCCAGGUUGGAAGCCCUUCCAAAGAGGAACUAUACGUCAUAGAACAAUACAUGUGGCAACGGCUACGUACAGACCGGUAAUAGAAAUUAAAUAGGCAGACCCGACACUUGAAUUCCUCCCUGUCUCCCAAGGCUCGCUCGUUGUAGUCUCCCUAACAUGGCAAGGUCCGGUGGGUGUUGCAGCUCGGCCACAACUCACGGCUUGAAGUCACGUUAGUUGCUGGUGGAUCAGGAGGGCAAAUCUGGUCUUGGCGCCAGUCAUGCUUAUCAUGAAUAGCAGA